AUGGGCCAGGGCGGGGCGGGGCAGGCCAGGCAGGGCAGGGACUCACGUCCGCAGGACGUCUCGUCGGUGCAACUGAGCCUCCCAACCCUCUGGCUCCAGAACCCGCAAGUUUGGUUUCACCAGAUCGAGGCACAGUUCUGCCUCUAUACCUCGGAAACGACGCUCUACUAUCACGUCGUCUCAGUCCUUCCUCCUGAUGUUGCCGGCGAGCUCUCGGACGUCCUCUCCAGCCCCACGGGCGCUACACCAUAUCAGCACCUCAAGACCAAGGUGCUGGAGAGAUACAUGCCGUCGGAAUGCACCCGCCUCCGGCAGCUGCUUACCCAGGAGGACCUUGGCGACCAGCGUCCCUCCCAACUGCUGCGCCGGAUGCGACAGCUUCUCGGGGAGUGCGAUGUGCCCACCCACUCAGCGUUGCUUCGCGAGCUUUUCCUCCAACGCCUUUCCCAGCCUAUCCGCCUCGUCCUCGCGGCGGCCGGUGACGUCACCCUCGACCGCCUGGCCGAAUUAGCCGAUCAGCCCCCUUCAGGAGAGCCGUUCGCCUCGUCAUGGUCAUCGCACUCUUUCGCGCACACGUCAAGCUCGGAGUCCCAGCCCUCCACCUCUCUGCUGGUACCACCGGCGUUUCCGACACCGAGCCACGAAGUGCACACGUCCCUGUUCGUAGCCGGCCAACGCCCACCGGGAUUACUGACGGCAGCAUGUGGUCUCGCAUUUCAUCCCUGCCGCCUUUUUAUGGUGACCGACAAGUUCUGCGGCACCCGGUUCCUUAUAGAUACGGUCGCGGAAAUCAGCGUGGUUCCCCAGAAUAAGGUUGAUCUUUCCAGGGCACCAGGGCAGUCGCUUGGUGCUGCCAACGCCUCGUCUAUAGCGACUUAUGGACUCCAAUCUCUCACCCUCGACUUCGUCCUUCGCGGCACUUUUCGGUGGGUCUUCGUCAUCGCAGACGUGGUUCACCCGAUCAUCGGCUCGGACUUCCUCUCAUACUUCGCCUUGGACGUCAACGUGCGGCGUCGUCGCCUCACAGACGGUCUGACUCGUCUCUCCAUCUUUGGAGUCCUGUCCGACCUUGCACCCAUGGGUAUCACCACGCUAAUACCUUCCUCUCCUUUCGAAAAAAUCUUGGAAGAUUUUCCGGAGUUCACAAAGCAAUGCAACCUCACUCAGCCGCCUAAACAUACAAAGACACACCACAUCGUCACCCGUGGGCCACCACUAGCCGCUCGACCACGCCGCUUGUUUGGGAACUGUCUACCUAUCGCCAAACGGGAGUUCAACCACAUGCUGCAGCUCGGCAUUAUACGCCCGUCAUCCAUCGCGUGGGCUUCUCCGCUGCAUCUAGUGCCCAAGGGUGAUCCCGGUGACUGUCGUCCAUGCCGAGACUGUCGAGCGUUGAACACAAAGACUGUCCACGACAGCUAUUCGCUGCCUCAGUUCCAAGAUUUUACGUCACGUCUCGACGGAUGCACCAUUUUUAGCAAAGUGGACCUGGUUAAGGCCUACCACCAAUUUCCCAUCGAGCCCGCCGACAUACCUAAGACCGCCAUCACAAUGCCCUUUGGCCGUCGUUUCGACCCCGUUCACCUCGACAUUGUGGGCCAUCUACCCGUGUCUCAAGGUUACCGCUACAUACUCACCAUGGUCGACCUUUUCCCACGCUGGCCGGAGGCUGUUCCCAUUCAUGACAUCAACGCUAAGACGAACGGCCGUGAAGAGACCGUCAACUUAGACCUCCUCAAGCCGGCUUACGUGGAGACUGCGACGGAAAGCCUCGCAUCGCCGCCCGACCUCGUGCUAGAGUGCCACAGUCGGCCCUCCGUCCGGUUUCAUUUUCCAGUCUAG